UCGUUACAUUUAAACAAUGGAAACUUGGGCGCCUACAACGAUAUAUAUUUUUAGUACAGAUUAAAGGUAAACGGUACGAUUAGGUAAAUCGGACAUAGAUUUUCCUCACAAGGCUUUAAGAAGAGAAUCAUCGCCUCAGUGCGGUCCGGUCCAGUUUUAGCUUUCUGGGCGCUGCGCAAAGCUCCAGGGUCCUCCUCUUUACUAAUGUGACAGGGGCAGAAACCCUCCACCAUCCACAGAUUCACCCAGAAAACGGCCAGCGACCGACUGGCUGGACCGGGCACCCGGACCGGGAGGAUACUGAGGACCCGUACACCUGGACACAUGCGCUUUUUUCUCUGUCGCUUUUAAUGUGUUUUCAUAACUUGAACCUUCCCAUAAACAUUAGGCAUAUUCAGAUAUUAAUGUUCUUAAAAGCUACUGUUUUAUUGACCGAAACACCAGAGUUUUUAAGUAAAAGUUUGAAAUUUGCCAACGCAAAUUAACCACAUAAAGCAUACGGUAAAUGGAUCCCAUGUUCCCCACGACGGACCCUCCAGGCAACUGGAGCAACAUGUCCGGUCUGAACGGCACCGACGAAUACUGGAACCAGUUCGUCCAGCCGGCGUGGAGGAUAGUGCUGUGGGCGAUCGCGUACAGCAGCAUCGUCAUCGUGUCCGUGGUGGGCAACGUGGUGGUGAUAUGGAUCAUUUUGGCGCACAAACGCAUGCGGACGGUGACCAACUAUUUUCUUGUUAACCUGGCUUUCGCCGAAGCGUCCAUGUCUGCCUUUAACACCGUGAUCAACUUCACCUAUGCCGUGCACAACGAGUGGUACUUCGGGCUGGUGUACUGCCGCUUCCACAACUUCUUCCCCAUCGCGGCUGUCUUCGCCAGCAUCUACUCAAUGACGGCUAUAGCGCUGGACAGGUAUGUGGCCAUCAUACACCCCCUGCAGCAGCGCAUGUCGUCCACGGAGACCAAGCUGGUGGUGGGGGUGAUCUGGAUCCUGGCACUGCUCCUGGCCUUCCCCCAGUAUUACUACUCCAGCACGGCCCAGCUUCCCGGACGCGUCGUCUGCUACAUCGACUGGCCAGAGUAUGUCGUCUGGAACUUCAAGAAGAUGUACUACGUUUGUGUGGCAGCCCUCAUCUACUUCCUGCCCUUGCUGGUGAUGGGCUGUGCCUACCUGGUUGUGGGCCUCACCCUGUGGGCCAGCGAGAUCCCGGGAGACUCAUCAGACCGCUACCGGGAGCAGCUGACCGCCAAGCGGAAGGUGGUGAAGAUGAUGAUCGUGGUGGUGUGCACAUUCGCCACCUGCUGGCUGCCAUACCAUGUCUAUUUCCUGCUUUACGAGUUCUUCCCACACCUCUUUGAGGAGACCUUCAUCCAGCAGGUCUACCUCGCCAUCAUGUGGCUGGCCAUGAGCUCCACCAUGUACAACCCCAUCAUCUACUGCUGCCUCAAUGACAGAUUCCGCGAAGGGUUCAGGCAGGUGUUCCGCUGGUGCCCCUGUGUGCCCGAGAGCUCCUACGAGGGCCUGGAGCUGAAGUCCACCCGCUACCUUCAGACCCAGACCAGCGUGUACAAAGCCAGCCGCAUGGAGACCACCGUAUCCAUGGUGAUGCCCCCUGGGGAGGAUGAGCACGAGCUACGGGCCCGAGCAGCGGCCUUGGCAUGCCAGCCCUCCCCGGACCUGGCCUCCAACGGCUCCUCGUCUCGCAGUAUCUCCAAGACUGUCUCUGAGUCCUCCAGCUUCUACUCCAGCAGCCACCUGGCCUAGAGGCCGUCCCUCCCCUGCACCUCCCCUGCGCCUCCUCUGUGUCUCCUAUAUGCCUCCCCUGUGCUUGGUGCGGCUUCAUUAUUGCAUAGUGCCUCCCUACCUCACACCAAUCCCCCAGCCCAGGUUCGCACCUCCAGUAAGAAUUCUGACGCACUGCCCAAGGAGGCCCCGCUGCCUGUUUCAGGACGUAAUGCUGGACGUGUGAUGCUGUUCUCAGUGCAGUCAGCCCACUCCACAGUGGGGCGACACUAACGUAGUUUCAGGACAUUGACAAUGAAGAGGAGAAUCGCUGGAAUCUCCGCCCUGUGAGCAGCGCACUCUGCUGGCGGGCAGUGGGAGGUGCAGCUCCUCGCACUGACGGGACUGAGAUGGACAGCCAUUGCACCCCAGACUAUGUCUGCUGGGUGCCGGCUUUGUGUUUCACAGCCUGGCACUCAGGCGGGCAGCGGGGGGGCACUCCCGGCAUGCUUUGCCAGUGUCCCCCCGCUUUAUAUAGAAUGUGGGGAGGUCUUAAUGGUAUCAUACUGCUGUUUGUGGGGAGGCAGAGAAAUGGGAGAAAGGAGAAGGCGGG